AUGGCUCCAAAUCCAAACCCAGUCUUUGCUUACACAGUGAUCUACGUGAAAGACGUAGCCAAAUCAGUGGCUUUCUACGCCAGUGCCUUUGGCUAUAAAGUCCGGCGUUUAGACGACUCUCACAGAUGGGGAGAGUUGGAGAGUGGGGAAACAACAAUAGCAUUUACACCAAAGCAUCAAAGAGAGACAGAUGAGAUAAGUGGGGAGGUGAAAGAGCCAGAGAAGGAGAAGAAAGAGAGGAGUUCAAUGGAGGUGUGUUUAGCUUAUGAGGAUGUGGAUUCAGCUUAUCAGAGGGCGGUGGAGAUGGGUGCUGUGCCGGUGAGCUCGCCGGAGAAGAAGGAGUGGGGUCAAAAGGUUGGCUAUGUUAGAGAUAAUGAUGGAAUUGUUGUCAGGAUGGGGAGCUAUGCAUACAAACCAGACCAUUCAAAGCAUGAGACUGACAAGAGCAUAACCACUGAAUAA